GUUUCCCGGAGCCGAGAGCAGGGUUACCGCGCCCAUCUCCGCUGUUUGAUGGCCGCAGGAAGACACGAUUGAGGUGCGGGCGUCAAGGCACAAAAACCUGGGACCACGACGGUGACGACGAUCCGAGAGGAUUUUGUUUUCAGACGGAAGUUACACCGAGUGGGAGGAAGGCAGAAACGGGCUUGUGCCGCGUUUAGCUGGUUGAGCUGAGCCCCGCCUGUGCGCCGGCGCUUCUCCCCCCUCUCGGCCAGUCUAAAACCCGGGGUUCGGGGAGUGGCGCUCCUCGCUAGCUGAGAGAGACGAGCCAUCGCUGUUUCCUGUCAAUGUGAUAGAAACGACGGAUACCCUCGACUGAAAGCGGAUUGGCAAGCAUCUAGGCAGCGGAGCAAAGCACACCAUUAGAAGAAAAUGAGUGAACUGGAUCAGCUACGCCAGGAGGCUGAGCAGCUCAAGAACCAGAUCAGAGAUGCCAGGAAGGCGUGUGCAGAUGCUACCCUGUCUCAGAUUACAGCUAACAUCGACCCUGUUGGCCGAAUUCAGAUGCGCACUAGACGGACACUGAGGGGGCAUCUGGCUAAAAUCUAUGCCAUGCACUGGGGCACUGACUCGAGGCUUUUGGUCAGUGCAUCCCAGGACGGCAAACUCAUUAUUUGGGACAGCUAUACCACAAACAAGGUCCAUGCUAUCCCGUUGCGUUCCUCCUGGGUGAUGACAUGUGCCUAUGCACCUUCUGGUAACUAUGUUGCCUGUGGAGGCCUCGACAACAUCUGCUCUAUCUACAAUCUGAAGACACGUGAGGGGAAUGUGCGUGUAAGCCGUGAGCUGGCUGGACACACAGGUUACCUGUCUUGCUGUCGCUUCCUGGAUGACAACCAGAUUGUCACUAGUUCUGGAGACACCACCUGUGCUCUCUGGGACAUUGAGACUGGUCAGCAAACGACUACAUUUGCUGGUCAUACUGGGGAUGUUAUGAGCCUCUCUCUGGCACCUGACACCAGGCUGUUUGUCUCUGGAGCCUGCGAUGCCUCAGCCAAACUGUGGGACAUUAGAGAAGGAAUGUGUCGACAGACCUUCACUGGCCAUGAAUCAGACAUCAACGCCAUUUGCUUCUUCCCCAAUGGCAAUGCUUUUGCUACGGGGUCAGACGAUGCUACCUGCCGGCUGUUUGACCUCCGUGCUGACCAGGAGCUGAUGGUUUAUUCACAUGACAACAUCAUCUGUGGAAUCACCUCAGUGGCGUUCUCAAAGAGUGGUCGCUUACUAUUGGCUGGCUAUGAUGACUUCAACUGCAAUGUCUGGGACACCCUGAAAGCUGACCGAGCAGGUGUCCUGGCUGGUCAUGAUAACCGGGUGAGCUGCUUGGGUGUCACAGAUGAUGGCAUGGCAGUGGCAACAGGGUCCUGGGACAGCUUCCUCAAGAUCUGGAACUAGAAUCUGAAGCUGGCAUCCGGACUCCAAAGUUGAGUGGAAGACCAUUCCAACAUCACAAUUUUGAAUUUUUUGCAUAUCCAACCUUUUAAAACAGCAUAAUACUGACUCCAAACACCCCAAGAAAACUAAGGGCAAGAAUUCUCUCCUUUUCAUUUUAAAGAGCACAAUUAUUUGUCACUCAUCCAGCUACAAGACACAAAGGAAUGAAGGGUUUGAAAUGGAACGGAGGGAAAAACGUCAUUCCUCAUGCCCGUGAUCUGUAUUGUAGGAAGGGGGGGAAAAAAAAGCUAAGCCACCACCUCAGACACACAAACAUGUCUGCGUCUCCAGUGUACACAGGUUUGAGUGAAGGUUUUUACACAAACUCUCAAAGGCUUUUUGGCCAUUUUUGUUUUAUUGUUAAAGUAGAUCAGUGAUCUGUCAGCUAAUGUUUUAAAAUGGGGAUUAAAGCUUUGUUUUAUUUUCUUACUUCUACAUCUUUUACAAGAUUGUUUUUAGGUUGGGAAAAAUAAAGCUCCUUCAGAUUGUUUUUUUUUUUUUGUUUGGUUUUUUUUUUUAAAUCCACCUUUUGUCCCACAGCAGAAUAAAAUGAGAGAAUUCAACAGGGAGUCCUUAAGCCACUUCUGACCCUUCUGUACAUUUAGUCCCUCAUGCUUUCUUGUUUGUUUGUUUUUUUUUUUCCAGUGUAGUUCACAAAUCUUUGUUUGCACAAAAAUUAAACUUUGCAUAUAGAGAAUAACAUCUAAAGAAAAAGUUAACUAACCAAGCACAUGCUAUUUAUGAGGAUGAAUGCUCGUUUUUAAAACGGAACAAACCAAACACCAUUUUCACGGUUCUUCUGCUUUCUGUCUGGUCACCAUGCAAUUAAAUGAAGAUGAUGAUGAUGAUCCACCCCAGCCCCAUGUUUUUCAGAUUGUUCCUCCCCUGUGGCUUAGUUUUUGUUAGCCGUGGUCGGGACUGGUGCUGUGAUUUAUAGUCGGGUCAGAGAUCCACUUCAGUCUGGUUACAAUCUAGACUUUAUCUUUUAACAGAGGUGCCCAUUCCGUGCUUGGAAAUGCAGUUACUACUCUGUGAAUGAUAUGUUGUAUAAAUCAAUGUUUGAAAAUAAUGAUAAUGAAACUUUUUAAGUUAAAAACAAAAGAAAAAAAAAUAAUUGGUUGUCUGCUCUGGGUUGGUUAUCUCUUAGACUCGCAUGCUGUAGAAUUGCUUAAAAGGUGCAUAUGGAUUUUAGUCCUUCGAUGUUUUUCUUUAAGAAAAUAACCUGUUGAAUAUAUCAUCAAUACAAUGGUAUUUAUAUUUUGUUUUCCUGUCCCCUUCCCUGGUUUUGUUCUUGGCUACUCUGUGCACAUAUGAUUGAACUGAAAUGUCAAAUCUAUGCACUCGAGAAGCAGAUUUCAACAUUAACGGUCACUUGGUCCACACUUGGGAAGGAUUCCGCGAAGCAAACCUUUUUAAUUGUACACACAUGCAUGUGUUCUUUCACAUAAACGGACACAGUCUUUUAUGGAACAAAUUUUCAUUACUUAUGUAGCAAAAUGUUUUUCCUGUCCUUCAAUGAAACUUAAAAAAAAAAAAAUACUUUCAACAUCCGAAUGGCAAAAUUUCUCUUUUUUUGUAAACAAUUUCCUUAGCAGUAGUGACAUUUUUUUCCCCAUUCUUUUUCUCUGCAAUAUUCUGUACAAAAAGUGCUGUAAUUGUGCGUUAGGCCUGGAGUUGGCAAAAGUAAAAUAAAAUAUUAAAAAUUAAUUAAAUUCCCUUUUCUCUUUUCUCCAUCAAAUAACUAGAGCUCUGCACCCCCACUGUUUCCUUUUCACCUUUUGUAUUUAAUUUUAAAGUCAGUGUACAACAGAAAGCUGGAUGCAAGAUAGAAACUAUAUAAAAAUGUACUGUUAUUUAAGAUGUAAUAAAAGCAGUUUGAGAUGA